AUGAGUGGCUAUUCAGCUUCAGGCUCUUCCUCAUCCGCUGCCGCAGCGUCGACAUCCACCGACCCCUACGCGCCGUUCUACUACUGGGACGCCUCCGCCAACAACUGGGCGUUCGACUACACUUCCUACUACUCGACCUACGGCUACCCCUCUGACUACACCGACCCAUCGCUCAACCCAUACUACGCAUCCACCUCCUCUGCGCAACCGUCCGCGCCGGUAGUGGACCCAUUCGCGCCCACAUCAAUCUCCUCUGCCGCCGCACCAAGCACGGAUAAACCCCGAGUUGACGCCUCUGGCCGGCCCAUCCCAGGCACCCUCGCUCGCGGCGAAACCCGCCCCACCGUCCUCCGUCGCGCAGCCGGCAAGCUAUACGAAGAUCAAACGCUCCUCGAAUGGGACCCCACCCACAAACGCCUCUUCGUCGGCGACCUCGGCAACGACGUAACCGACGAAAUGCUCACCUCGACCUUUGCGCGCUAUCCCUCGUUUUCCAAAGCCCGCGUCGUCCGUCGUCCAGACGGAAAGGGCAAAGGCUACGGCUUUGUCGCGUUUGCCGAUCCAGAAGACUUUUUGAGAGCGUGGAAGGAGAUGGAUGGCAAAUACGUGGGUAGUAGGCCAGUGAGGUUGAAAAAGGCCGCGGAGAUGGAAAGGGUCGAGAUCGGGAGGCGGAAGGAUCGGUUGUUGGCGAUUACCGCGAAGGAGGAUAGGAAGGCGCAUAGGCAGAAGAUGGGCGGGGCCGUGGGGAAGGGGUUGAGGAGGGUUGGGGGGUCGUCGUAUGCAAGGUGA